AUGAGCGCAACUUUGUGCGAUACCAGCCGCGCCAACUACAGCGUCUUGGAGCCACCUGCAGCGAGUGCAAGCGCAACAUCCCUCACUCGCAACGGAGAUGGCAGCGUCAGCAGCGGCAGCGGCAGCGGCAGCGACGGCCUCAGCCAGGGCAGCAGCAAGGGGGCGCGGCCGCUCGCGCAUCGGCUUGCGACGCGGACCUACAGGGAGUUUGUGUGGAGCCUGAGCUUUGGGAUUGCCAUGGUCAUUACA